AGACAUCGCUUGCGAUCGCCAUAUUUGCACACAUAUUCGGUGCAUUCUCCCUCUCGGUUACUCUCAGUCGAUACCCUAAAGAACACGUCAAUGUUAGCUAGCCGGUCUACUCCUCGAAACAAGUCAAACAUCCUUCCGGAAACAUGUAUUUACCACGCUCCCUCGUCGGACACCUCUACAACCACCUGCUUCGAUCCCACCAUCCCCUCUCUCCUCCGGUCCUCAUCCUGGUAUCCCUUGAACCGGACGCGAUAUGUGCCUGCCGAAUUCUCACAUCCCUCCUUCGACGCGACUAUAUCUCACAUAAGAUCCAUCCCAUCAGUGGCUAUGCCGACCUUGCCAAUGCCGGCACGGAGCUGGUUCGUCCGAUGCGCAGGUCCGAUGGAGGGUCCGGUGGCGUGGUGAUCUGUCUCGGUGUGGGGGGCAUGGUGGAUCUGGAAGAGAAACUAGGGCUCGAAGUCGACGAGAAUGGCGAAGGCGGAAUGGGAGGCGUGGAGGUCUGGGUCUUAGAUGCAAGACGACCGUAUAACUUGACCAACGUGUUUGGCGGGCAAGGAAUCCAACCUGAGGAGAUUGCGGAUGAAGCGGGAAGAAGACGGCACGGGAUUGACAAAGGCCAAUUGUCAGACGCGUACCUCCCAGGGAAUGGGGGGAUCAUUGUCUUGGACGAUGGUGAUAUUGAGGAAGACCUAGAGCCCGAACGAGAAGCAUAUUGUGCACUUGCUGAGAUGCCUGAACUCGGCGACGAUGACGAGUCCAUCGUGUCGGAAUCGGAGGUGGGAGAAGCUGCCGAUGAGGACGACAUCCCAACCUCCGGUCAAGCAAGCCGGAAACGAAAGAGCUGGUCAGACACAGAAGAUAGCGAGCUGGACGAUGACGAACGACCCAGGCAAAGGCGACGUAGUAACUCAUCCACCAUUAUCCCCUCGUCUCCGCGACCCGAUCGACGUCGUGCCCUCGGGUCUUCCGAAUCCUCACGUUCAGUCAGCCCCAUCGAGCAUUCCGGCUCCGUCUCUCCCAUCCCCAAAUCCAACGAACUUUCUGCUCGCCAACUCCGCCGCCAACUCCUCCGCCUGCGCCAAAAGCACGACCGCGUCCUCCAAAAAUACUACUCCCUCGGUACCUCCUUCUCCGAACCCGUCUCCUCGCUCCUGUACUCCCUCGCCUCCGAACUCGGCCGCGAAGACAACGAGCUCCUCUGGCUCGCCAUCGUCGGCGUCACCUCCCUAGAACUCGCCGGCCAAACCGCCCAUGGCCUCGGCCUCAUGCCCAUCUCCGACAACCUCACCCCCUCCUCCUGGUCCGGCGCCCGCGGCGCCCGCAUCCGCGCCGUCCUCCGCGACGAAGUUCGCCGCCUCAACCCCGCCGACCCCAACUCCUCCCGCGACAGCACCACCGGCGAAGCCUCUGGCGCGAUCCCGACGCAAGCUCGCUCACCCACGGACAACGCCAUCCGGCUCUCCCCCGAGCCGCGAUUCCUCCUCAUCCGCCACUGGUCUCUCUAUGACAGCAUGCUCCACAGCAGCUACGUGGCAUCCAAGCUCAAAACCUGGACCGAGCCCGGCACGCGCCGCCUGCAGCGCCUCCUCGCCAAAAUGGGCGUCAGCCUCACCCAAUGCCGCCAGAGCUACACCCACAUGGACAUGGAACUCAAGCGCGGCCUCCGCGAACGCCUCCUGAAAUUUGCCCCCCUCUACGGCCUCCAUGACCUCGUACCUCCCCGCGUCUUCGGCGCCGGCGACGCAGGCAAGGAUUCCUGGGGCUUCGUCCGCUGCUGGGGCUGGAAAGCCUGCCUCUCCGCCUCCGACGUCGGCGUCGUUCUCAGUGCCAUCCUGGAUGUCGGCCACGUCGCGCACGCCGCACCUACAUCCACCGCUCAACACGCGCCCAGCACUCUGUCCUCGGGCGCGUCCACCCCCGCCGCCUCGACCGGCACGCACGACCUCGCGCUCACGCCCACGGGUGCCGACGCCUCGGACAUGUCGCGGUUCUUCGCGGCGUACGACGCGCUGGGGUCGCCGAGCGUGGUGCUGGCGCAAGUCGGGGUGGCGCAGGGGCUGGCGCGGGCGAUUCUGCGGACGGGGACGUCGCUGCUGGCGAAGAAGCAGAUCCGGCGGCUGGCGGCGUUUCGGAUGUGCGUGGUGCGGGAGGGGCCGGACGUGGGGGUGUUUUGCCGGGCGGGGCCGUUGGUGAAGUUGGGACUGUGGGUUGCCGGGGCGGUGCGGGAGGAGGGGGAGGGGGGAGGGGAGAUGGUGAUUGCGGGGUUGGAUGAGGGGAGGGGGGUGUUUGUGGUGGUGGGGUUGGGCGGGGGAAGUGGGGGAUAUGAUGCAGAGAGGCGGAGUGCGAAGAUGGUGGAGAGAAAAAAGCGGAAAGAGGAGAAGGAGAAGAGAAGGGGGGAGCGGAGAGCGGAGAGGGAGAAAAGGCGGGAGGAGAGACAGGAGCGGUGGUUAGCGAUGGGGGAGGAUCUAGAGGACUUCGAGGAGAGCGAAGACGAGAGCGAGGAGGACGACAGCGACAGCGACAGCGGCAGCGAGAGCGAAGGCGAGGAGCGUCGCCGGGCGAAAAAAGGCGAGGGACGGAAUAAAUUCGGUAUCGCGUUUCUGGAAGUGGCACGGGAGACGGGGGCGCGGGUGCGGAAGGAUGGGUUCGAGCAUUGUAUCGUGGAGGUGGGGAAGGAGAGUCUGAGCGCGUUCCUGGAGGGGCUGAGCUUUAAGGCGGUGGUGGGGUAGGGUAGGAGCCGUUUCAUCUUGGAGGAGCGAAUAGCGGCAUAGUAUGGUGAUUGCAUGGGCGGAGUACAGUAUCAUGAUCGGUAGACGCGGUCAAUGUCGGCGUCCGGGACCCUGUUUUUCCUACCAUACGCGCAUCAGCCGUUCUACAAUAUCACAUUCUCGUUCUACCCUCUCCCUCAAGUA